CGUUCACGAGAUCUACCCUGACAAAACUUCCAGUGCAGCGCGUCAGCGGUGAAGUUUGGAGGAAAAAUCAGACUUCGUAAACAGUUGAGGAGCUCAAACAUAAAACUGACUCAGGCCAAAGCCAGGCAGCCACCAUGGACGAUUUAGACGCGUUGCUGGCGGACCUGGAAUCCACUACGUCUUACAUCGCAAAGCGUCCGGUGUUCUUUCCUGAGGAGACUCCCUACUCCAUCCCCACCGGAGGACACUCCUACCAGGAUGUGUCUGUUCCACCUCCAGUCCCUCCGCCACCCUCAGCCGAGGCUCUGAACGGGUCCCUGAUCGAUCAGCAGGACUCCCCCCACUCCUCUCAACAUUCAUUAGGUUCAGCCCAGAAGAGCUGGUCCAGGGACAGCAGCAGCCCUUCAUUGUCUCACAUUGAAGAGGACCACGUGUACAGUUUUCCAAACAAACAGAAGUCCUCGGACUCGUCGACAGCAGCCAUGACCUCUGCCAUGGGCAGUAACCUGUCCGAGCUCGACAGGCUGCUGCUGGAACUCAACGCGGUGCAACAGAGCUCCCCUUCAUUCCCCACCACAGAAGAGGCCGCUCCACCCUUACCGUCCUGCAGCAUCACGCACUACGAGAACGGCGGCGCCCCUGAUAUCAGGGUGAGCCCUCCCCUUCAGGAGAAACCCAAGAGGAACGGCACGAGGCUGGAGGAGGCCCGACCCAGCAUGGAGAGUCUGCUGGACGAGCUGGAGGGCUCAGUGCCUUCACCCAGUUGCUCUGCCCGCCACAGUGAUUUGGACACACCCUCUCAGCAGCAAGCCAGAAUUUCAGCUUCCUGUGCAACAAGAGAGCUAGACGAGCUGAUGGCUUCUCUGUCUGACUUUAAGCCCAGUUCUUUGGGCUCUCUGCUGGAUCCAGCUUCUUCCACCUCUCCUCAUCCUCCAGUUUCUUCCUCCGUCACCCCAGUGGCUUCUCCUUUUCCUAGCCUGUCCCACCCGUCUACCUGUGCCUCUCCUCUUUUCUCUUCACCUGCUGGUUUUGAGCUGCACAUAGACGAGGACGGAGGAGACGGUGGCAUGUCGAUAAAUCGUUUCUCUCGCCACAGUCCUAUAUCCUCUCUUUCUGCAGCCAGUGACUUAGACCAGGACUCUAUCAUAGACGUCUCUGCCUCCAUGCUGUCCUCCCAAACCAAGUCCCUGCUAGUCCUCUCUCAGGCCCCUUCCUCUAACUCCAACCUUAUGAGAAAUAGCCCAAGUCCUUCCAACACCACCACCACCCCUUCCUUUACCUCUGUUAACACUGUCCUGGACCACAAGUCCUCCAAGUCCCCCAGUCCGUCUGUAGAGCAGGUCUCGCCCUCAAAUACUGUCGGUCAAUUCCCUUCUUCUCCUGCGCCUACGAGCAAGGAGGGUCCUUCAUUUCAAGAUAUCGUUUUGAAUUUCUCCACUCCACCUCCUGUCAAAAACGUCACCCCUUCUCCCUCAGCUCAAAAGACUCCUUCACCCAUCCCAGUCGCUGCACAUGCUUACUCAAAAACAUCCUCGCCAUCUCCAGUUUCUCAAUAUAAGGCCCCCUCUGCACCGGCCUUCAAAAGCCCCAGCAGCCCCUUCCCUGCACAGCCCCCCUCGAUGGGGGAUCCCUCCCUGGACGAGGCACUGGACAAGCUGCUAGCCAUGAGUUUUGCACAGAAUAACUCGCAGGUGGAGGAGCUAAAGAUGGACGCACAGUGUCUCGAGGUGCAGGAGGAGCUCAUCCUGCCCUUGGACAGGAACAGCGUGCAGCCUGAGACUUUCACCAGCGCCACCAACACCAUCAUCACAGACGGCUCUUUGGACGGAGGCACUAACGGGGAUGGAGAUCUGGAUUGGGCGGAUGAGGAGUUUUCCAUGUCCUUCCACGACGGGCUGGACGGCACCAUGACGCCUUUCACCGAGAGGCCGUACACAGAUGGCAGCAUGACCCCGCUGACAGAGGCCAGCUGGAUGGAUGGCUCCAUGACCCCGUCUACAUGCCCCGGGACCCCCGACGUGGCCCUGGACCUGCCCCUCAUGCAGACGCCCACUAUAGACAGAGUGUCUGCUUCCGGACAUAUAAAGUCAGUGAUUAGGCGCACUAAGGAGACUCCCAACGUCCACCCCAUGUUCCGAGACGGUCACCUGCGCAGGAAGGUGGGACCCGUCAUUGUAAACAAGAGCACUUCUCAGGACCGCCUCAUCGAGGAGCUUCAGGGAAAGUUUGGUAUUGGUCGCUCAGAGCGCCGGCGUAAACAGUCCGACGAGUGGAUGACGGAUGGCGUCAUCGUAUCGUCCAAACCUCAGCGUUUCCGUCCCGAGGGGGCGGGCAGCGAGGUGGACAAGAUCAUAUUUCACCUAGAGUCGCCUGUCCCUGUGAGGAAGGUGCUCCCCCCUCCCUCCCCCCCCGGCCCCCGCCGCCCUCCUAUCAUAGUAGAACCCAAGCGACCAUUCAUAGUACACCAGCCGCCUUUCCCUAUCCCUCCACCACUCCCUCCACCUCCUCCCCAUCUCCGCGAACCAGAACCUCCACCAGCCCCAAUUCGGGAACCUCCUGCUCCCAAACCAGAGCCCCCUCCACGUGUUAUUAAAAGCCCACCCCCCCCUUCACCUGUGAAGCCGGUCACACCGAUUCCACCCAAAGUCCUGGUGUCAGUAGGCUGUCAAACUGAGUAUGACCCAAUCUUCCCUCCAAUGCAGAUUAUGGCCCAGGGGAAGGGUGGUGUUCCUGGUGGUCCUCCGACGCAGGUCAACAAGCUGGACAACAUGCUGGGCAGCCUGCAGUCGGACCUCAACAAACUGGGCGUGCAGACGGUGGCUAAAGGGGUCUGCGGAGCCUGCUGCAAGCCAAUUGUGGGACAGGUGGUGACCGCCAUGGGGCGCACAUGGCACCCUGAACACUUUGUGUGCACUCACUGUCAAGAGGAGAUCGGCUCCAGGAACUUCUUUGAGCGUGAAGGAUUGCCGUACUGCGAGACGGAUUACCACAACCUGUUCUCCCCACGCUGCCACUACUGCAACGGGCCCAUCCUCGAUAAAGUUGUGACGGCGCUGGAUAGGACAUGGCAUCCCGAACACUUCUUCUGCGCUCAGUGUGGAUCCUUCUUUGGCCCAGAAGGCUUUCAUGAAAAGGACGGGAAAGCCUUUUGCAGGAAGGACUACUUUGACAUGUUUGCACCAAAAUGUGGCGGCUGUGCCAGAGCCAUUUUGGAGAACUACAUCUCAGCGCUGAACAGCCUUUGGCAUCCUGAGUGUUUUGUUUGCAGGGAGUGCUUCACCCCGUUUGUGAACGGCAGUUUCUUCGAGCAUGACGGCCAGCCGUACUGUGAAGUGCACUACCACGAGCGGCGCGGCUCGCUCUGCUCCGGCUGCCAGAAGCCGAUCACGGGGCGCUGCAUCACCGCCAUGGCUAAGAAGUUCCACCCGGAGCACUUUGUCUGCGCCUUCUGCCUGAAGCAGCUCAACAAAGGCACCUUCAAAGAACAGAACGACAAACCCUACUGCCACGGCUGCUUCGUCAAGCUGUUCAGUUAGAGAGCGAGAGGGAGAAAGAGAGAGAGAGAGCGUUUAUGGCUCAGGGCUGAGGUCAGCGUCGAGAGCAUCUUUAGCACAGGUGGGGGGGGGCGGGGUUAAUAGUGUUUAUAUCAAAGAGGGUGGACUGUGAUCUGAGGGUGACAUUGGAAGUGUGUAUGGACUAGGAAUGUGCAUGUGGUUGAAGCAGCAGACUCUCUCUGCCAGACUGAAAACAGGGACGUCUUGAAAGUAUUUAAGACUGACAGCGAUGUGGCUUCAAAGCUCUUCUAGGUUUGGAGUUGGUCAGGAAGUGGGAAAAAGAUACACUAAGGUGACAUUACAUUUUUUAUAAAUCAAAACUGAGAUGCACACAACAAGAUUUUCUUCUUAAUCCUCUGAAAUGUGUUGGAUCACUUCAACAAGGAAAUAGCUGUGUGUGAAUCCUUUUAGUUUGUAUGUGGUUAGAUGGUGCAACUGAACCCUGUGGAGAUGCUCUGCAUGUGGGACCUUGUUGCUCACUGGUUGAGCGUGUCAUUUUAUAAACAACAGAAAUAUAUCAAUUGAGAAAAACCGCAGUUGUUUAUUAACAUAACAAUUAAACUACAAAGGAGGGUAGAAGGCUUUCCCCCCCAUCAUGUUGUGACAGAGCAGGAGGAUAAAUCCAUGAGUCCAUAUACUGGAAAUGCUUCUUCAGCAUUUACAAUAAUGUUGUAUGCGUGAAAUGGAUUCUAGGGUUUAUACCAUUUUACAGACUCAAGAAACAUGUGUAUACAUUUUCUUCGUAUGGAUACCAGAGCUGCAACAGUCUAUAGACAUUAAUCACUAAAGAGCUUUCACUCUUUUCUUACAGUUUAUAGACUGAAUAUUAAUCAUUAUUAAAUGAAUCUGAAGAUUGAUCCAUAUAAAAUAAUCAUUAGUUUACAAAGUUUUAACUUUAUAAAUACUUUGAAUACAGUUUUUAAAUUCGGAGUGUCCAAUACACCCUUUAUUCAAAGAUAAUCAUGUCUGGUUGAAUAUUGUUUUGAUAUCAUCAAUUAUGAAACUCAGAAUGUACCAUCCCGCAGUAGCUGCAGUAUUCACUGAGUUACGUAUGUUUGAGCCAACCUCUCGUUUUUGUGCUGCCAAAUCAUUCCUUGUAUUUUCACAGAAGAAAAGAGAAAAUAAUCUGAAAACAGAUUCUUGCCUUUGUCUCUUUGCAGUGAAGUGGAAUCACACAAAGGUAUUGGGAGUGUACGGUGCAUCUAUAACACUCUUUCUAGGUACAUCCUGAGGAGUUCUUGUGUAAAUAUCAAAUGCAGCUACAUUUUGCAGUACUGGCAUGCUUAGCAUGUGUUAACCACUCAUUCAGAGGGAGAGGGCUGAAGGCAGAGAUACUUUGAUAUUGUUGGUGUCAUUACUGUAUUGAGAAGCUGAUGAAUGUUCACUUUGAAGAAGUGCAAAAUACGAGAGGAUUUGUCUGUGAUAUUCCAAUGACUAUGAAUCAGCUUGUAACGUCUGAUUAUAUCUGUCGGUGCCAUUGUUUCAGUACCAUGUCUAAUAACACUGGCCAUUUCAGCAAGUACACUAAUUACAGUUCAAUAGUCCACAGUUGUGUUUUCAUGUUAUUAGUCUGUGAGUCCACUGAAAAAUGUCGGCUGUAAAGUGGUUUGUUGAUGACUCAGCAUCUGAGUCGCAUCUACUGUAUACAUCUAAUCAGAUACAGAAACAUAUAUCGUGCCUUUUGUCUUGUUCAGGGAAUACUAGAGCCUUAAAUAUGUUCUCACUCUAUUUAAGAUAUCAUGUAACAGUUGUCUUUUCAAAUCAAUUUAGUGGAGUGUGAUUUAACCAAAGCCAAACCAUCUUUGAAUUGUUUUUAGUCUCUGAACACUUUUUUUCCCUUUUCUCUCCGAAUGUCAAUAGUAAUGGACAAAAUGUUUCUUCACUUCUAGUCUGAUUAUGCAAAUAAAUUCUGUUUUGCUAUCAAAAA